GGGCCACCGCCGUCCCCCUCGGACGCACGGCGACGGCCGGCCGAGCGCGGCCGCGGGAGCCUGGCCGCCCAGCCGAGCGUGCCCCCGAUGACGGAGGCGGCGGCCAGGACGGCCCUGCUCCGCUUCGCCAGCGCCAAGUGCUGCUACGGGACGAAGGCCGCGGGCGAGCUGGUCAUCCAGGAGCUGAAGCCGCUGGCCGUCUACCGCUACCGGCUGGAGACCUUCAACGAAUCCCGGCUGAGCGAGUGGGCGUUCGAGCCCGUCCCCGCGGGGCGGCCCCGGGGAGCAGCGGCAGCACCGCCCGGGACCCCCCGGCUCCCGGAGCCCCCGCCGUUCCGGGAGCGCACCAGGAGGCUCCGGCUGCCCCGCGCCGCCCUCGUCAAGGAGUGCCACGGAUGCCGCGGGCACGGCCGGUCCAAGUGCAGCGUGUGCCACGGUGCCGGCUGGACGCGGUGCGUAACGUGCAAGGGGUCUCGGCGGCGACUCAAGCAGCAGAAGAGGUGCCAGCUCUGUUCGGGUACAGGCCGCAGGAGGUGCAAUACCUGCUCCGGCCGCGGCAGCAAGACUUGCACCACGUGCCAGGGAGAGAAAAAGCUGCAGCACUUCGAGCAGCUGGUGAUAACCUGGAGGAACAACGUCUUUGAAUUUGUUUCCGAGCAUCAGCUGGACUUCCCGGGAGAGCUGCUCAGCAGAGUCAACGGGGAGAACGUGUUCAGGGACGAAAACGUCCAGGUGUUCCCCAUCGUCGACUUCCCCGAGCCGGAGAUCUCGCUGGCCUCGCAGCGCGCCGUGGCCGAGCACCGCGCCGCGCUCGCCGCCUCCUCCCGCAUCCUGCAGCAGCGCCAGACCAUCGAGCUCAUCCCGGUCACCGAGGUUCGCUGCCGGCACGCGGGGAAGCCCUACGUCUACUACGUGUACGGGCUGGAGGAGGAGGUGUACGCGCGGGACUACCCGGCCCGCUGCUGCUGCUGCUGCCCCUGCGCCCUGCUCUGAGCCCCGGCUGCUCCCGGGACGCCCCAGGGACCCCGGCUGCGCCCAGCCCCAGCGCCGUGCGCCCGGCUGCACCGGGAGGCUGCAAACCGCACCGAGGAGGGGGCAAAACCCCGACGUCCCUCCUGUGAGCCGCCGGGGCACGGGAGAGCCCCUUGCACGGCCGCGUCCUCCCGGCACGGGUCCCCCUCGCUGCAGCGCUAUCGACAAGGACGUCCUCGCUCCAGCUGUGCGGUUUAUGGCAGGGGCCUUUCUUUCCCUGUUUUAUUUAUCCUUUUUUUUUUUUUCCCAGUUACUACACAAUCUGUAGCGAUGUAUUAUAAAAAUCUAUUAAAUUAUCGAGCCUGACUUAAGCACUGGA